GUGAUAGGAAGUCAAUCAAUACCUUAGAGGUGAGCUGCAAACAUGCUAGGCGAUAUUCUUGCUUUGCUCGCUUUUCUGCUAGAAAACUGCAUGGGAGUAACGUUAAUUGAAUCAUGUGGAAAUAGUCGAACACGUUCAUCCGAGUUACAAGAGUCUUUACUGCAAGACGAAGAGGAAAACCAGGAGAAUCAGGAAGGCAACCGUGAGUAUCUUGAAGACUUUACGAAGUUUGACCCCGAUGAUACAAUUUUCCGAGAAUUCAACCCUCCACAACGCGAGGAAAGAGAUGCUAAAGCAUGGRAAAAAAACCUUCCUGCCUUCAAGGAAACAUUGUGGAUGUGCCUUAAAAAUGUUCUUCUCAUUCAAACUAUUUCUGGAACUUUGAUUGGAUUCUUAGUUGUUGUUAUUGUCUUUCUUGACUUUGGUACAGCUGAGUGGUGUUUCGAUAAGACUCUGAAUUGGUACACGAUGCCCAAGCGCGUCCAAAAUCUUGGAGUUACAGCUCAGUCUAUUGAAGGAUUUAUCAUCGAGAUGUGGGAUUUCUGUUGCAUAAUCGCAGUAUUCCCACUGUCUUUGAUCAAAGAUCUUCAUCUUUUGACCCUCAACUUGUUGGCUGGAUUCAUUGACGUUGCCUACAGACUUUACUUUCAAAUCUAUGGGAUCUACAAGGUUUCUUGGAUGUCAUUUCCCCUCAACGUUCUAUUCGGCCUCACGAUCAUCAUUAACAACUACCUCUUAGCGCGACAUUAUCAUCCAGAUUCCUUAAAAAAAACUCUCAAACUAGACUUCAUAUUGUCUGCACAGUUCGUUCUUGGUAUUCCAGCAGCAAUGAUAGUAGUUUACAGGAUAGUUCCUUUGUACAUUGAGCAGGAUGAAGAGUUUAAAGUCUUGAUUGCAGCAUUUUCUCCACUUGUUUCAGCAAUCCCUAAAGUAGUUGCCCGCCUUGGAGCGCAAUCCCUGAAGGGAAUCAUUCAUCCUGGCACGGCACAUAUUCUGGUCGCUGGAAUAUAUGGAGCUUCCGCUGUAACCUUUCGAGUAAUGCAAGCGGAACUGUCAGACAUGUCACUUUUUGUGGCUCUAGGAAUAGCUCACGCUAUUAUUGAUCUUGUAGAAAGAAUAACCAUCACCAUGAGAGACCACAUCUGGGAAUACUUUUAUCGUUUGCUUCGAAGACAAAGAUCUGAAGCCCCAAAAUACCGCAGCCCUCGAAGUAGGCGCUUUAUAGCUGAUGUAAGCAUUCAGAUAAUGCUACAAAAAUCGACUGCCCUCAUUAGUGCGAUAGGGUUUAUUAACGUCUACCACUUCAUGUACAGCGAAUCGAAGCCUUUUAGUGAUUACACAUAUGUAAUCAACUUUUUUGAACGCGCCGCUAUAGGUCUACUGAUCGAUCUAUUCUUUAAUACCUUAUCUCUAUUGAUCCAAACUCGGGUUAUGAAUGUUGCAGUCAAUAGAGUGUGGAAAAAGAAGUGGAAAUCCCAUCUAGUAUUGAAUACAUUGAUGAUUUGUAUUUCGGUAGUUUAUUUUAGCGAAUAUUUGUUUGGGGUUGUUAGAAGCAAAUAUAAUUAUUCAAAGCAUCCAAUGGUACUAUAUCARUGGAAUUGUACUUAUCCAAGUUUCUUGUGAAACUAGUUGAUAUAACGAGUAUAGAGUGAAUGCAUUUAACCCGAAAAAUAGAAAUACUAGUCAACGUGUAAUGGUCAAAUAGACACGAAAGAAAACAAUGGAAUUAGGGUCUACUAAUGUCACAGUCUAAUAUUCACGGGUUUAGUGACUUCAUUCUAGAGACACAAUUUCAAAUAGACCAUUUGGCGAAUACACACGUGGAAUUAAUGAGAGGAUUUCUGUGGACAACUCAGUGAUCUAUAAAAAAUAUCUUAAAAUUAUAUCUAGAAUGUUACUUGUUUACAUACGUAGAUAUAGCAUCAUCUUUUUUUCAUGAUUUACAUUGCGCGCGUAAAUAGUUUUCUAGCUUACACGUAAUAUUCAUCGUCAAAUAGAUAACUUUAUCAUGCCCGAUAUGAAUCAUUCUUUGCAAAUUACUUUAGCCCUGACGAUGCACUAGCUAGUAGUGCAAAAGCUCGCUAAAAAUAAAAAGAGAUUAUAUAGUAAUUCUUUAAUAAUUUCUUUUUCAUUGUUAUCAUUGCUGUUUUCUUUCCGUAACAAAAGACGCCACACUCAAAAUCAACAACAACAACAACAACAAACAAACAAACAAUGAGUAAUUAGUUAUGACUAGGUAGCUCAAAAGUAAGGCCCUGUGUGCCAUUUAGGCGCGAGGAGGAUAGGUACAGGAACAGGUAUAGCUCAAGUAGCAUGCAAAUAGAUAUAUAUUAUACUAGUUCAAAACAGAUGAUUUUUUAUAUCGAAUAAUUGGAGUUUAACUACAUAUUCAAUGUGUAGAAAUUAGGAGUCUUUUCAGUUAUCAAAAUUGUUUUUUUCUGACUUGAGAAAAUAAAGCCAACAAAACACUGUUGCGGAUAUCAGUCAUGUACACGGAAAUAUCUUCUAUCCAUGGUAUGGGAAGAAAACAGGUAUGCAGUGUUUCACUGCAUAUUCUUGCAUACUUGGUUUGUCCCUCUGAAUUUGAAUCGCAUAAAACAAAAUAUUUGAUAAUUAUUUUGUUAGCAAGUGAAGGAUUACGUCUGAYUUAGUCAAUGAGUACCAUGUCAUAGUAAUAAGGGAAACUAAAGACAUUUAUGACAACCAUUUUUUUAUCUUGAAUGAUUUGUAAAAACGAUUUGUCGAAAUCAUUAAAGCGAACCCAUUUCAUAAAACAA